AUGUAUUUCUACGGCUUGUCAGCAUCCAAUCCACGACAUCCACAUGCCGUUGUCGUUCUCUAUCCUAACCCUUCACAAGCAAACCCUCUGGUCGAACGAGCCCUCUCCAAUGCCCCCAACGGCUACGUCCCCACCGAAGUCGACUGCCCGCCCAACCGCCCCGAAAUCCGUAACGCCGACGGCCUCUCCCAGGCCGAAAAGGACUGGCUCCCCCUCCGCCGCAAUGCCACCGUGCCCGCCAUCCGCGACCUGCUGCGUCGCGUCGCCAUCCCCGGCUUCGACUCGGAAGCCUACCUCGCCAACGUCGGCACCGAUGCGACCGCGCUGCCGAACAUCGGGAUAGCCGCGUCCGGCGGCGGAUAUCGUGCGAUGCUGUGCGGCGCCGGGAUGCUGGCUGCGUGGGAUAGUCGGACGACGGGGGCGACGGGGGAGGGGCAGUUGGGCGGGCUGCUGCAGAGCGCGACGUAUUUGUCAGCGUUGUCCGGGGGUGGAUGGUUGGUGGGGAGUUUGUAUUCGAAUAACUUCACCACGGUGGAGAAGUCGAUCGCGCCGAAUUCGAAGGUUUGGCAAUUGAAUGCAUCGAUUGCGGAAGGACCGAGCGAUAUCAAUAUCGUGUCGUACGCCAGUGACGUAUAUUCGGCUAUCGACGAAAAGGAGAGCGCUGGAUACAAUAUCUCCAUUACGGAUUUCUGGGGUCGGAUGCUGUCUUACCAGCUCAUUGAUGCUCCAGAUGGCGGUAUUGGCGUCACCUUCUCGUCCAUUGCAGAGGACAAGGACUUUUCGUCUGGAAAUGCGCCUCUGCCGCUGAUCGUGGCGGACGGACGAUCUCCUGGCGAAAAGCUGAUUCCCGUCAACACCACCAUCUUCGAGUUCAAUCCUUGGGAACUUGGGUCAUUUGAUUCCGGCCUCCAAGGGUUCGUGCCUCUGAAAUACGUCGGCUCGAACUUCUCGGGAGGAUUUCUUCCUAAAGACGAGAAAUGUGUCGAGGGUUUUGAUAACGCCGGGUUUGUGAUGGGGACAUCUUCCUCCCUCUUCAACCAGUUCAUCCUCCAGAUCAACACCGUCUCCGCCAGCUUCCCUAAGGUUCUCGUCAACCUCGCGGAGAGCGUCCUCAACCACAUCGGUGACGACGAGAAUGAUAUCGCAGACUGGACCCCCAACCCCUUCUACAAUUUCAAGAACGAAACCAAUCUCUCCGCCUCCAGCAGGCGACUGACUCUUGUCGACGGCGGCGAGGACCUCCAAAACAUUCCCUACCAUCCGCUCAUCCAGAACUCCCGUGCCGUCGACGUCAUCUUCAGCUUCGACUCCUCCGCCGACACGGAAUACUCCUGGCCGAACGGCGCCUCCCCCGCCGCGACCUACGCACGCAGCCAGGAAGACAUCGCCGCCGGUACCUCCUUCCCCGCUGUCCCAGACAACGUCACCUUCGUCAACCUGGGCCUGAACACCCGGCCGACGUUCUUUGGGUGCGACAGCGCGAACACCACCGGGCCUUCCCCGCUCAUCGUCUACAUCCCCAACUACCCCUACGUCUUCUCAUCCAAUAUCACCACCUUCACCUUCGAGAUCAACAACACCGACCGCAACGCCAUCAUCCAGAACGGCUGGGACGUCGCCACCAUGGGCAACGCCACCCGCGAUCCACAAUGGCCGGUGUGCGUCGGCUGCGCCAUGCUGCACCGCAGCUGGGAGCGGACGAAGACUCCCAUCCCGGAGGCGUGUAACGAGUGCUUUUCCAAGUAUUGCUGGGACGGCACUGUGAAUGCGUCGACUCCUGCAGAGUAUGAUCCACCGUUUGUGCUAGAUCCGGUGUCGGUCGAGUCCGGGGCAUUGCGGAGGGAGUCGCCCGCUGCGAUGGUGAUGUUGGCGACGGCUGUGAGCAUCGUUUCCUUGGCGCUGCUUUGA